CUCUUCCAUUUUGGGUAAGGGGUCCAAUGUUAGGGAAAGGUGGUUAUGGUACAGUCUAUUGUGCCAAAAUGAUCGAAGUACCAUCACUAGUUGAUGGGACUUCACACUUACGUGGAUUUCGCUCUCUCAUGGCUGUCAAAACAUCUUUACUUUCUGAAAGUGACGAGCUUGUUAAUGAGAAGAAAAUACUCGACCUUUUUGAUGAUUGUCCAUUUAUAAUUGACUGUUACGGAGAUGAUACAACUAUUCAAUAUAAUAAUGAUGAUCAACAAGUAAUAUUCUAUAAUGUGUUUUUGGAGUACGCGGCUGGUGGAACCUUGUUCGAUCACAUCGAAACCUCUCCGCUUUACAAUGAGUCCGAACAAGUCAAACAGUACAUAAAGUCGAUUUUGAUGGGUGUUAUGUGCAUUCACGAGAAGGGUUUUGUUCACUGUGAUCUGAAACCAGAUAACAUACUACUGGUCAAAGAGAAAGAAGAUGAUGACUUUUAUGUGGCCAAAAUCUCUGAUUUCGGAUUGGCAAAGAUGGCCGAUCCUAUUAAAGGUAGUUCUGAGUAUAUGGCUCCUGAAUGUGUGUGUGAAGACAAAUUUCAAGAACAACAGUUAGACAUUUGGGCAUUUGGUACAAUGGUUCUCCUUAUAUUAACCAAACGACGGGUAUGGAGUGAGGAUUUAAGCCAUUAUAUCUCUGAAGAGGCUAAGGAUUUUGUGCUCAAGUGCUUAGAAACCAACCCAUUCGAGAGACCAUCAGCAAAGAUGCUCCUGAGUCACCCAUUUAUAGCUGAUAAGAAGAUUAUGAGGAAUUGAUGAAGAUUUUGGGGAUAAUGAGAAGAUCUGAAGAGAAUUGUGGGAAGUGCUCAAAUUACAGUGAUGAUCUCAUGUGUACAGUUUUUUUUUUUUUUUUUAAGGUUGUUAUGUAAUUGUUUUUUUACGUAGGGAAUAAUAAUAUAUAUAUAUAUUUUAAUGAUGUGAUUGAUGAUUUAAAUUAAUGAUGUUCUUUUAUUCAUAUACGUAGGCGUAGCCUAAGUAUUUAAGAGUUAUUAGUGGUUGUUUUUGCUGUAACAUUAAUUAGCUUACUCGAUCUACAUAAAAACAAAAAGGAACUGAAGCUUAUGGCGAUGCUUUGACUCAUGCUGUUCAUUAGCUUUGGUCGCAGUCUUCGUAUGAGGUUUUUAUCUGUGGAUUUUUUAAUCUGAGAGAAUGAGUUUUAAUGAAUAUUGAAUCGGUUAAGAUGAAGCUUUAUUGCAUUUUGAGGCACUUUUUGUUUAAAUCUGAGUUAAAUUAUCUCUAUUAUAUAUUGAUGCAUUAAUAUUUUUCAAUUACGAAGAUUCAUAGUAUGUUAGAGUAUUAUACGUUGA